AUGGCCUCCGAACUGACGUUCUGGCAAGUCGCCACGACGACUCCCUUCAACCAUGAGCUCGCCAAGCAGUACACGACGACGCUGCUGUGGCCCGUCUUCUGGAUCUCGAUGGCCUACAUCGUCGUCAUCUUCAGCAUCAAGGCCUACAUGAAGAAUGUCAAGCCGUUUGAUGUUCGUUUCUUUUUUUCAUUCUGAGGAAAGAUUUUUUUUUUUCAAAACCUCCAAACCUUUUUUUAAGCUCCAAUUUUCUCUUUUUUGUAUUAAGGCACUAGAGCAGAAACUUUUUGAACCUUACGGGGUUAAGAAAUACUUGACAAAAAUAAAAACGCUUCGCCUCCAAACUUCCACCUGAAUACCUUCAAGAUCUUGAAUAAUCAGUUUUCAAGUCUCCUCCUUAUAGUUGACGGGUCCUCUGAACGCCUGGAACGCGGCUUUGGCCAUUUUUUCGACUUUGGGCUCCUUGAUAACUGGCUACGGACUUCUCUACGAGAUCACCACUCGUGGACUCGUUUGUGAGUCUAAGAUGACAUUUUCGAUUCCCAAAGAUAUGAGUUCAGCUUCGUACACCCGCGUCGGCGACUACUACAGCGGAAUGUCCGGUCUCUGGACUUGGCUCUUCGUUUUGAGCAAGGUCGGCGAGUUCGGCGACACGCUUUUCAUCGUCCUCCGCAAGAAGCCGCUCAUGUUCCUCCAUUGGUCCGUUUUCCAUCUUGGAUUCUUUUUGAAUUCAAAGAAGCCAUGAAGUUUCUUCUCACUACUUCUAAAUCUUUCGGCAGCUUUUUUCUAAACGACUUUUUGAAGGUACCACCACGUUUUGACAAUGAAUUACGCGUUCAUCACCUUCACCGACAACGUUGCGUACAACUCCUGGAUCACCUGGAUGAACUUCUCGGUCCACUCGGUCAUGUAUGGGUGAGUGACGUCCCUUCUCGUGUCCAUCUCCGAAAUCCUUGGUUCAGCUACUACAUGCUCCGGUCCUUCGGCAUUCACGUGCCAGCCUGGAUCGCCAAGAACAUCACGACGCUGCAGAUCCUUCAGUUCGUCAUCACCCAUUUCAUCCUUUUCCACGUCGGAUACCUCGCCUCCACUGGCGUCCCUGUAGACACGACUCCCUUCUAUUUCUGGUGAGUCUUUUUGUCACGUUAAAUUUUUAAAAAAGCCCAUUUAUGCGCACGUGUUGAAUAAAAGCAUAGGAUAGAGUUUGUAGAUAGUUUUAUGAGAUUAUGUUUUGAGAUUUCUAAAUCUUUUUAAUAUUGGUUCCGCUAAGCAAUUAAUGAUAAAUUAAGCUUAUCAAAAAAGUUACCAAUUGAAAUUGGAAUUUAUUGUCUUGUUUUUUUAAAAAAAUGAAGGAACAGCUUGAUAAUUUCUUUCCCAAGUUUGAAUCUUUUUGUUGUUAAAAAAAUUUCAAAGUGAAAAUGAAGUCGUAAUUAAUUUAAUCAUUUUUUUCAGCCAAAUUCCUCAAGCUUCCUAUAUAAUUUUAAUGCGUACUUUUUUUCUACGACGCUAACGUUUUUCCGUUUAUUUUGAUGUUUCUAUGACCUUAACGAUGAGGAAAAAGAGAAGGCAGGUCAGACUGUUCCAAAUCGAGCUCAGGUCUUACUUUCUGCAAGAACUAUCCUUAUCAUUUAAAAAAGAUGUCUACAUCAGCUCCAAGCGAUGAAAAGCAUAUAUGGUGUGAUUUCAACGAACAAUCACACCUCCUUAUCAAUUGUUUUCUUCUGGGACUGUCUAUCGGCCGCUUUUAUCAAAAGAUGGACAUUCUUUGUGCAAAAACUUUGAGAAAUUGGAAAGACAAUAGGUUCUGAAUGGUUUUUUCUCCAGGUUCUGCUUGUUGAUGGAGAUCUCCUACGUGAUUCUGUUCGGUAACUUCUACUACCAGUCGUACGUGAAAGGCGGCGGCAAGAAGUUCAACGCCGAGAAAAAGGUCGUCAAGGCCGAAUGA